AACAAACCAUGGGCUCUGAUCUCAGAAGUGGGAAAACAAGGUUACAUUGAAGAGGUCAGAGACAUACUGGAAGAAUACUUCCAUCUCAUCUGCCACAAAGACUUCCUUCAAAACUCUCUGGUGCUCGGGCCAAAGAUCCAGGCCAUUUUGAUGUGGAAUACCCGCCCAGCAGCAGAGCCUUCACUGCUCAGUUUGCUUCCCUCGCUGAAGGUAGUCUCCAGCGGCGGAGUGGGCAUCGACCACCUGAAUGUGCCGUACAUCACUAGUCUGGGAGUGAAGGUGACCAACACGCCAGGUGUAGUGAGCGAUGCCACUGCAGACAUCGCGAUGGCUCUGCUUCUGGCAUCGGCACGCAGAAUCGUUGAAGGUCACCAAAUAGCUGUAGACUCCAACAUUACCUGUAAACCACUAGACCUGAUGGGAGUGGAGGUCACAGGGUCGACUCUGGGGAUUAUUGGAAUGGGAGACAUCGGCUGCAAAAUUGCACAAAGAGGCAAAGGAUUUGAUAUGAAGAUCCUCUAUCACAACAGGAACCGGAGGAGUUUUGAAGAUGAGCAGGCGGUUGGUGCCAGUUACCGGGAGAACAUGGACAACCUGCUGAAAGAGUCAGACUUUGUCAUGCUGGCGGUCAACCUGACCCCUGAGACCACAGACCUGAUAAGCCACAGAGAGCUCUCCCUCAUGAAACCCACGGCAACUCUAGUCAACAUCAGCAGAGGUCUGGUUGUGGAUCAGGAUGCUUUAGUCAAAGCUUUGAAGUCUGGAAGAAUUCGUGCAGCGGCAUUAGAUGUGACUCACCCUGAACCAUUACCAAGGGAUCAUCCUCUCCUCGGCCUUCCUAAUGUGCUGAUCACCCCCCACGUUGGCACCAACACUAUCGCUACAACAAGAAAGAUGGUGCUGAUGAUGGUAGACAACGCGUUGGCUGUACUGAAUGGCCAUGUUGUUCCAAAUGAAGUCAAACCAAAAUGACUUCCCUGAUGGUCCCUCAUCGUUCUGUAUUUAGAAGUGUUUUCCAAAUGAACACAUUAAAUACUUUAGUUUUUACCGGUUUACUUGUUCUGUAACAAUCCGCCAUCAUUACUUUGAUAUUAAACAUAAUAGUUCUUAGUUUUUAUGUUACUAUUAGCUCAUGGAUACAUUUGCACAUGUUUAAUAUAACUUUGCUCAAUUAAAAUCACACUGAGUUCA